AUGACGACCCUCCCCAUAUCCGGCAUCCUCCUCGAAGCAGAAGAAUUCCAGGACUACGGCGGGUGGACCAUGGAUUCCCAAUUCAGCCUCGAAAUGGGCUCUCCCUACCUCCUCGCGCACGGGAACGGCGUCCCGGUCGCCGACGCAGUCACAACCUCCUACAUCCCCCUGCCUGACCAGGGCGACUACCACAUCUGGAUUCGAGCCAAAGACUGGGUCCCGGGACACCAUCCCGGAAGGUUCCAAGUCACCAUCGACGACACGACGCUCGAGACGGUCUUUGGGGCGAAUGAUCGCGAUUGGAGCUGGGAGUAUGGCGGGAAGGUGGAGAUGCCGCCUGGGGAGUUUACUGUGAGACUGCAUGAUCUGACGGGGUUUGGUUCCCGAUGCGAUGAGAUUUUUUUGAGUCAGGAUACGGUUCCGCCGCCGGAGUUUGUGGAGCCUGUGAAGGAUAUCGAGCAGGAUUGGCGAAGGGGGAUGAGGAGAAUACCGCGGGAGCCGGUGCUGGGUGGGGAGUUUGAUGUUAUCGUCGUGGGGGGCGGGUUGGUGGGUUGUGUGGCGGCUGUUACGGCUGCGAGGUUAGGGGAGAGGGUUGCGGUUGUUCAGGACCGACCGAAGUUGGGGUUGAGGGGGCCGUUAGUCGAGGAGAUGGUGAAGAGGGGGGAGGAUGGGGAUAUUCAUGCGCGGGAGAUUUUGGAAGGGAUGGAGAAUGUGGAGCUGUGGAUGGAGCAUACUGUCUUUAAUACGAUUAGUAAGCGUUCGAAGAUCCUCUCUAUCGAUGUCCGGGAUGCAAGAACUGGCCGUGAGACUCGUUUAUCUGCCCCGAACUAUAUCGACUGCUCUGGGAAAUGCAUACUGGGUCUUCUCUGCGGCGCCGAGACCAUGUCAGGACGUGAGCCUCGCGCCAAAUACAACGAAAGUCUCGCCCCUCGGCGAGGCGAUAACUUCCACCACGGCAAUACCGUCUUCUUCCGCACGAGCAUGGCAGACUCCCCCGUCCCCUUCCCAACAGACAUCCCCUGGGCGACAGAAGUAGCCAAAGACUACGCAAACCUCGGAGGCCAACUCAUCACCCCAGGGACAGAAAAUGGACCCGGUCCAACCAUCGACGAGAAACCGCACUCUCAUAGUCCCAUCGCCAGGAUGCAAAUCCCCUGCACCCACUUCUGGGAAUACGGCCAAUGGCUAGACCCCUACACCCAAGGCGAGACCAUCCGCGACCACCUCUGGCGCGCCAUCUACGGCACGCUCGCCAACAUCAAAUCCCACUCCACUGAAUACGCCGACCUGCACCUCGAGCACGUCGCCUUCGUAGCCGGCCAAGGCGCCUUCAACCGCUACCGAGGCGACUACAUCCUCUCCGAGCCGGACAUCCGCAGCCAUAGACCCUUCCCAGACGCCGUCGUGCAGAACGUCUCUCAGUUUUGUCUGCAUUAUCCGGGGGACACGAAGUAUGAUUUCCGGCUGCAGCAUUGGACGUAUGAUGAGCGGGAUGGCUCGCCGUAUGAGAUUCCGUUUCGAAGUCUCUACUCGUGUAAUGUGGAGAAUUUGCUCUUUGCGGGGAAGCAUAUCUCGACGACGCAUAUUGCUGGCGCGAGCACGAAGCAUAUGGGGUGUGGGAGUCAGCAUGGGAUUGCGGUGGGGGUUGCGGCGGCGUUGGCGAGGAAGUAUAAAAUCAGUCCUAGAGAGCUCGGCCGGAAACAUAUGCGCGAACUGCAGAGGCUCGUCGGGACAGUCACCGGCACUGAUAUUGGCGAGAAGACUGCCGGGAAGGUCGAGCGUGCGAAGCUGUAA